AGACAAGGCUCCCCUCAAAGAUGGCGGGCGCCUCCGACCCUCUGGAAGAUAUGCUGUUCUCCGAGGUGGACGAGAAGGCGGUGAGCGACCUGGUGGGCUCGCUGGAGUCGCAGCUCGUCGGCCGGAGCGGAAACAAGGCCGGCGGCGCCAAGCAGCACAUAGGGAAAGCGUUAAGUUCUCGGGCUAAUACUCCAUCCGAGCAGCAACAACAACAACAUCAUCCUCAUCAUCAACAACAACAUAAAGCCGGGACGGAGCGAGGCUCGGAUCCCGCCGAGAUCACCCCAGCGGGCAGAGCGGCUUCUCCGGAGAGCUGCGUGAAGGCGAGUACGAGCGUUUCGCGUCCACACUCCUCCUCAUCCACAUCCACAUCCCCAUCCUCCUCCUCCUCACCAUCAUCUUCGGCUAAGAUUAGCGGCGUGUGCGCGCAGGAUGGAGCAACUUCUCCCGCGGUUAGCAUUAGCGCCGCCGGCCGCAGAGCAACAGCCUCGGGCACCGUGGAGACGCCGCGGCAUUACGGUACGCGGAAGAAGCGCGGCGGCGCGCGGGGCAGCGCUGCGUCGCGGAGCGUGAACGGCGCUGCGACCUCCUCCGUCAUCAGCAGCAACUCGCCAUCCAGCGCUGGGGCCGCGGUUUCCAUGGCGAUGGCGCGCGCCAACUCCUCCACGUACACCGUGUCCAGCGCGAGCAGGUCCGUUGCGCUCGAUAAAGGGACUCCCAAGAUCGCGCUGCACCGACUCCCGAGUCACAUCGUGGCGAGCAUCGCUCAGGGCAGGAACGGCACGAGUGUGUCGGCGCUCAUCCAGCAGGGGCGCGUGAACCACGGCAAGAACGCAGAGAGCGCACAGAGUGGGGAGGACCAGACCAAAGCAGAUGUGCAGCAGGUUCAGCCUGGGAGUGUGAACUCGGUCCCGAGUGCUGUGUGCAUUGCAGUGACGACUCAGCCUCAGUCCCAACCUCAGUCCCAACCUCAAACCCAGCCUCAGUCCCAACCUCAAACCCAAACUCAGUCCCAAACCCAAACUCAGUCCCAACCUCAAACCCAAACUCAGUCCCAACCUCAAACCCAAACUCAGUCCCAACCUCAAACCCAAACUCAGUCCCAAACCCAAACUCAGUCGCAACCUCAAACACAAACCCAAACUCGGUCACAACCUCAAACCCAAACUCAGUCCCAACCUCAAACUCAAACCCAAGCUCAAACCCAAAUUCAGCCCGUAACCCAACCCAUAACCCAAUCUCAACCUCAAACCAUAUCCCAACCUCAGUCCCAGCCUCAAUCCCAACCCCGAUCCCAACCUCAACCUCCGCUUCAAUCUCCAUCCCAACUCCAGCCUCAAACGCAAUCCCAGAUGCAGCAUCAAUCCACACUUCAACCUCAAACACAAUCCCAACCUCAAACCCAGUCCCAAGCUCAGCCUCAGCUCCAACCUCAGCCUCGACCUGCAGCUCCAGCGCAGAGGAUCACGGCUCCGCAGCUGAUCGUCAGACCGCCACAACAGCAGGCGACCAUCCAGCUUCCUCCAGGAUUUACCAUCCCGGCAGGCAUGGUGUUGGUGCGGACGGAGCUGGGUCAGUUGAUGAUGGUUCCACAGCAAGCACUGGCUCAAGCGCAGGCCCAAAGUGCCCUCUCACCCCGACCCGCUGCCCCCACCACUACAGCCACCUUCAGAGUCACCACCCCACAGAGGGCGCCUUUGGCAGUGACAACGCCCCAGCAGCACCCUGCAGCUCUGGCCCCCCAGGGGCCCACCCUGGCUCCACCCACCGCAGCUGGCCCUGCCCCCGGAGCAACCGUCAUCUCCCAGGAAAUGCAAGAGAAUGUGAAAAAGUGUAAGAACUUCCUGGCAACGUUGAUCAAACUCGCAUCCCAUAAUUCCCCCUCCCCGGAGACGUCACGGAACGUGAAAGCACUGGUGCAGGACCUUCUGGAUGCCAAAAUCGAACCAGAAGAAUUCACCAGCCGGCUGCAGACGGAGCUGAAGUCAUCACCACAGCCUUACCUGGUGCCUUUUCUCAAGAAAAGCCUGCCAGCGUUGCGUUUGUCCCUGUUGAACAGUCAGCAGUCGCUCACUCAGCCCCCGCAGCCUAAGACCACCGCGUCUCCAACGGUAGCCGUCGCCGGGGCUGUUACAAUGGGUAACGCCCCCCGGCAACCUAACAGCACUGUUACACCGCCACAGAAUAUUAAGAGGGCAGGGACGGUAGGAGGGCAGGUCCGGAUGCCUGUGGUCAUCACGCAGACAGUGCGGCCGGCGGGUGCUGUAGGGAAAAGUCCGGUGGUGCAGGCGGGGAAAAGCCCCUCGGCGGUCAGCGUGCAGCUCUCAGGGGCUCAGAAGAAUAAAGUGAACGAUCCUGGGGGAGGCUCCUUCAGGGACGAUGAUGACAUCAACGAUGUUGCGUCUAUGGCCGGGGUGAACUUGAGCGAGGAGAGCGCUCGUAUCUUAGCAACCAACUCUGAGCUGGUGGGCACACAUAUCCGCUCGUGUAAAGACGAGGCCUUCCUGCCCACGGGUCUACUGCAUCGGCGCAUACUGGAGACGGCUAAGAAGUUUGGGGUGACGGAGGUUCCUGUGGAGGCGGUGAACUUCAUCGCUCACGCCACGCAGACGCGGCUGAGGACGGUGCUGGAGAAAGUGUCUUUCAUCGCUCAGCACAGGAUGGACUCCAGCAAGGACGAGGAGUGGUACGAGCAGUCGUCAGACGUCCGCUCUCAGCUCAAAUUCUUCGAGCAUUUAGAGCGGCUGGAGAAACAGAGGAAAGACGAGCAGGAGAGAGAGAUUCUCCUCAAAGCGGCCAAAAGUCGCUCGAGGCAGGAGGACCCAGAGCAGGCUCGUUUGAAGCAGAAGGCAAAAGAGAUGCAGCAGCAGGAACUGGCCCAGAUGAGGCAGAGGGACGCUAACCUCACGGCUCUCGCCGCCAUCGGACCACGCAAGAAACGCAGAGUGGACUCGCCCGGAGCGACAUCGGGCACUGAGGUGUCGGGGAGCUCCGUGGGUUCUCCAGCCUCAUCGUUGUCGUCCUCGCGCCAGUUCCAUCGGCAGCGAAUCACGCGCGUGAACCUCAGGGACUUCAUAUUCUACCUGGAGCAGGAGCGAGAGACGAGCCGAUCGCUCCUGCUCUACCGUGCUCUGCUGAAGUAGCUAACGUCCACCGUGCUAACACUAUCCGAACACUAACUAAACUCAAGCAACAUGGAAUCGGUAGCCAACACGCAGCGACCUCCAGCUUCCUCCUGCAACGUGCCUUCAGCCAGGUUUCAGCUCUCCUGCUCUCUGUGUCCGUCUUCACAUCAGCACUGGUUUAUUUAUCGAUUUCAGAUAUGACACGGCGAACAUUUUCACGUUUUCCUUUUCAUAUUUUCCGCUCCGUGAUAGGAAACGACUACGACCUUAGAUAGAAAGGCUGAUUACGGAUGAGCUCAGUUUGAUUUUUUUUUUUUUUUUCUAUUAUUGUUGUUAAAAACACGUGUCUGUAAAUCCAAGCCUUGAAGUGACUCGGCGUUAUGUAUCCAUUACGUUCAGACGCUUCAGAAUAACAAAAAGCCCAACACAGUGUUUAUUUAUGAACCCCUUCAGACCCAGAGGGUUUCACACGCACAGAAUCGACAUCACUGUCGGAAAGGAUUGUUCUCCAUCUAUAAAUAUUACUGCGAUGUCAUAACGUAUAGUUCACCGUCUUCGCGACAAGCCAAAUAGUCUCACGAUGUUGUGUAAUAUUUCCGUAAUGCGACGUUCACACGUCGGCAUUAACGAUGCCAUUCCGCACUUGUUAUCACGGGAUUGACGUAAACUGUGACGCCGAGCAGCCGAUUGGCAGCGUGAAGCCCUGUAAAUGUCGCCGUGGCGAUAGGGUUGUGUUUCAAAGCACUUAGCUAGCAUGUUGAUGACUGAGCUACGACAAAGCUACGAAUCUUGUUGGGGGGGGGGUUAGCACGUCUGCCUCGCACCUCCAGGGUUGCGGGUUCGAUUCCUGUUUCCACCCUGUGUGUGCGUGGAGCUUGCAGGUUCUCCUCACGCUUCCGGGGGUUUCCCCCGGGUACUCCGGUCUCCUCUCCCAAAGACAUGCGUUAUCGGCCGAUCGGAUUACAACAAGUGGUUACCUAGUAAUGGAUCUGCACAGGAAGCCGCGUGAAUGAGUACACGAGCUCAGAAUGUGCGCAAACCACAUAGCGUCCAUCUCGUCUGUAGUUUGGGAAAAGUCGAUCGGAGUGCCGGAGAUUUGUUGCGGGGACGUGAAAAGAAUGACGCCAUUGAACUCAGCUCAAGAUUCAGUUCCAUUCAGCAUUAUGUCUGAGGUGCCAACAUUUACGCUUUGUUCGACCUGCCUUUUCAGAGAAAGCAGCAGUAUAAGUAUUCACCCGGUAGAAGGGGAAAGGUACGCAGGUGUGACUCGUGUACUGUCCCAUCACAGCGACGUUAUCGAAGCGAAGUCCAUUGAUCAGUGACUUCACGAGCCUCGGUUUUCUGCACCAGUAGGAAGCGAGAAAACAGGAUUGUGGGGAUUUUGGUGGGGGAAAAAAAAAAUUUUUUAAAACAAUAAUAAUGUAAUUAAGUAAGCGCUACUUUUGCUUGGCGCGCAUCUAAAACAAGGAAACGUUCGAAAGAGCCGUGUUAUCCACACACUCGCCGCUUUUCACAGUUUUGGAUGAUCUCAUGGUGCAAACAACCCAAACCCCUGCUCCAUCCCUGUGUGAUUAUGAAUGAUGCUCGACCCAUUUAACACUAACGCGCUUCUUUAACCGCCAAUCAAUCCACUUUCCCUUUAAUUAUUCAUCAGGUUUGUUUCAUAAUCACGUCGGGACCUUUACGUACAUUGCACACGGGGUCUGAAGGGCUUCGAACACCUAACGAGAACUGCAAAAGUUUUUACCUUCAUUCCACUUCGAUGUAAAUAGUCUCCUUUUAAUACCGCACGUGUAAACGUUUCCAUGUCACAUCAACCAGAGCGUUUCUGAAAGACAGUUAAACACGCCGCUCGGGUUUUCACGUGUCCAUGGGGACGGCGCACUCGACUCACGAGUCACGAACACAGCAAUACGCCGCCGGUGAAGCGUUUCGGCUCAUGUUUCUGUCCGUGCGCCGCUUACGCCGAUGUUCCGGAUGUCUGUAACUUACGUGGCGUCCAAGUUCUUUAUCAAAACAAAAUGUUCAGAUGGUAUUUACAUGAACUCUUUUAAUGACGGUCUCUGAACAAGGCAGCUUCCUCGUGUCGUGAGAGAACCGAAGCGCGGACACAAACAUUUUUAGACUCCAGAGUAAGCCGAGAUACGACGAGUCUCUCUGGAAAUACAGUACGGGGGUCCGAGUGAACGGUUUGGAAAAGAUCUGAUAUGCUAUCAAGUCAACUCCGGAAUUAUUGGCACCCUUCGUGAAAAUCGAGCAAAAAAUAACCAUGCAGCGAGUGAUAUACCGAGCUUAAAGUGACGCUGCAGGAGAAAGGAAUAAAACGAGCAGGACCGUGAUGUCACAGGAAGAUAAUCCAUGACGCACAGUAGAGUUACUCUUACCAAGCUGAGCGUGAUUAUUUUCCUACAGCAGCACAUCCUGAAGCGUAAUUAUUCCUCUUAUACCACGGCGAUCUGAGAAGGGUCUGAGUCCGAAUCGAAACGAUGCCGCGUACUAAGAGAGCUCGGAUGGCGUUACUCUCUCAUCGCUGUUAAUCACAGCCAAUCAGCCAAUCGUGGACUACUUGUGAGUUAGAAAAGAUGUGGUCGAUUGGCUUGGCUUGGCUGGGGCUUGGCGUGUCUCGGAGGACGCACGUGUUAGCCCUCAACCUCCCCGGGUUUUAGCUGUCAUAUGAUGGGAAGACUAAAUUAGGGAGAAAAUGUAUCACUUAAGUUGUAACAGCUAUAAGCAUUCGUUCCCUGAAAAAGCUUAAAACCGCUUUAAUGUCUUACAUUAAGUUGGAACAGGAAAUGUAAUUACGUUGUUCAUGGUAUUCAUUCGUUUUUGCGAUUCUGUCGCAAAGUGCCUGUAAUUGAUGAUGGAGUUGAUUGUACGUAUAUCAGAACAUUCAGCGUACACAGUGAGUACGUUCACACGGACAGCAGUGAUCUAAUUACUGACCUUAUUCUGAAUAAGACGAUAUUCUGAUUAAGGUGUUUACAUGAGUCGCUUUUAGAAUACUCCUUUCAUGUUCAGGUGUUACGUGUUAUAGAACAUAGAUCGAGUAACGUCACACGUGAUUACGUCCCCACGUCACGCCGUCCGACGUUCCCUCCAGAAUCUCACGUAUCGACAUGUCUUCGUUAUGGAACCGUAUACAGUUUUGGGUGUUUUUAUUUUUAAUUUUUACGAACGCUUCAAGUGCGGUUAAUUAUGUAUCAUGCUGUACGUGCAAAUAGACGACCGCUUGAAGCCGUGGGCUGCGUCCCAAACCGCGUACUUACCGUCUAUACAGUGGCUGAGAUACAUGUAUUUCUCCUACUAUACAGUAGGUAAGUACGCGGUUUGGGACGCAGCCGCGCUCUCUCGUUUGGCGUUAAACGGUCGAGCGCUGCCGUGUGUGUACGUGUCCUGUCGCAAAACGCGGUGAAAACUCCCACACGACGUUAAUAGUGUGAUCAAGGUGUGUACGUGUCUGUAACGCACGUCGAUAACGCGACUAAAACAGGAAAUACUCCACACGUCUUAAUUCCAGUUGUGUUUACUUCGAGUACGACUUUAAUCGUAUAAUCUCUGUUUACAUGCUAGUUUCUUAAUCAGAGUAUCGUCCUAACCGGGUUCAUAUCGGAUUAUUGCUGUCCGUGUAAACGUACCGAGUGUUAAGGUAGGGUUAUUAUUAAAUCGUGAAAACAUCAAAGACGCAUCGUCCGGUAAAACUCCUCGGAAAAUCCGAUCAUUCUCUCACCUGGAUCAGAGUUCAGUGAACAAAAUGGCCGACCCGGUCCCGAGCACAGUGCCGGAGGUCUCACUGUGUUUUAAUUCGAUACUGCGGUGCGUGAGUGUGUAUCCGUAAACGUACGGUUGUGUUAUUUUCCAGCUUCUGGUGCUCAGGAGUGAUCAGAAGUGUGAAUGUGCAUGACUGCAGCACCAGCCCUGAGCUCACGGUGUAAUCGGUGAAUGUACACACUGCACGUCGUGCUGUUACUGAACCGUCCCAGUUCUGACUCACUCGCGUCUGUUCUGUCCUCUCUCUCUCUUUUAUUUUUUUUAAAGCACAAUCAGCAAUGCAGCUAGUUUAUUCUUCAGAAACACAUACUGGACUAAUUAUAUCGGACGAUAUAGCUUAUAUGAUGUCAAGGCAGCCAUUUUCUUCUGUCACUGAUGCCAUGGUGAGGUCUAUGUCCUACACAGAACCGAACGACCUUACACGGUGUUGUCCUCACCCCAGAUGUAGUCGAUCAGCUACGACAUGUUUGGUGUCUGAGGUUUGACUUGAGACAUGGUUUACUUAGCUAGCCGAAAAACAAUCAUCUCAGACAUUAAGGACGUAUCGGCUCAUCGACUACACGUUCACAGCGAGGUAGAAAGCGUGUACGCUUUUAUCUCGGCUGGUUACGUACGUCUGAAUGAUCGCUGAAGUCGUAAUCCCAUUUAUUUUCGUACACACACAACCCCAAAAACGGUAGCUCUUAUUCAAAACCCCAGAAACCCAAUGCACCCCCCCAACCCCCACAAACUUGUCCAAUCCAGACUUCACUUUGUAUAUAGGAUGGUCCGGGGGUCAGUUUCUCAGCCAUCAGCACAGUUUUGGGAUCAGAUAUCGUUAUGAAUCGAUAUCUCUGCUAGGUUGUUUUUUUUUUUUUUUUUUUUUUUCCAGCGAUACUCCGUCAACACAUUUCACACUGGAAUCAUCACGUGACUCGCUUCCUCUCGUCUCCUUUUCUCACGUCAGCCCGCACGACUGUACCGUAGCUCUUAUUUUUACAUGCCACCGAACACACUAAAUAAGGAUGGGUGAUGUCGUAGGAGGUCUGUCCAGUUCCCAUGUUUACAGUGGAUCGUAUUAUCAAAACAUCGAUGCGCCUAGACAUCACCUGAAACUGAAUCGCUGACAGCAUUAACACUAACCUUUCCACACUUUACGUUCAGUCCGGUCAUGAAAACAAAACCAACAACAAAAGAGCGCUUUAUUUCUAUGCACAUGCUAUUUUUUUGUUGUUGUUGUUGUUGUUGUUGUUGCUUCGUAAUUUAUAAUAUUUUUAACAGGCAAUGUCAGAAACUGUCACUUUUUCACUGUUUUGUUUUUUAAUUACAUGUUAUUUUUGAAACAGCACUAUUGUUUUAUUUGUUUUUGGUUUUUUUUUUUUUUUUUUUUAUAAAUAUAUAUAUAUAUAUAUGUGUGUGUGUGUGUGUGUAUAAUAGCGAAAGUUAUGUUACUAAUGUAUUACAGCGAUCAGCUGUGUCUGACUCUGCACCUUCGCCAGUAUUGUCACUAGCAGUUAAAGGGAAAUUUUUUAUUACUAUUUAUAUUUUGUCCUUUUUUUUUUUUGUUGUUGUUGUUGUUUGUUGCGGUUUAAUCACGAAACACCAUACGAACAAACGAUAGUACUUUAAACAAAGCACAAAUAUACCUAUUUGUCCAGUUGUUGAGAUGAUUUUAAUAAUUAUUUUUAUGGUUUCAGAUCUCAAGCAGGACAUUUCUACUCCAGCUUUUUAGCCAAAAGAAGAAGAUGAUGUUGAUGAUUAUAAUUAGGAAGGUAUAACUGAUACUGUACACAGUUGGGAAAUCGAUGUUUUAACGGAUGAAUAAUUUGUAAAUAUUGUUUACAAGACCGUGUGUUUAUUAGAACGACAUUAUUUUUGGUAAAACUCUGUACAUAUCCUGAACAAAUUUUUUUCUUGUUUGUGUGAAGAAAAACAAAACAACAAAACACAACCAACUUCUGUAUUUGUACCUAUUUUGUAAAGAAAUAAACGAGCUGUUUACUAAACUUAA